AUGGUUUUCAAACCAUUCACCCACCUCGCGCGCCAGAGUUUCACCAAAGCCUUUACUCACGGCUAUGCUCAAUCCGUAGUCGCCGCGUCGCAGUCCUACGCGUCGACAACCCCCUUUAACCCCCUCGCCCAACCCGCCAAAUUCUCCCGCACAACCCAAUUACAGAAUGCUUUCUCCAAUGCGUCCAGUUCGUCCGGCGCUGGCGCCAAGGCAAGCCAAGGAGGAUCGGGAAAUGGAGAUCUCGGUCUAGCAGCCUACUAUGCCGCAUGGCAGAACGCCCAGCAGACCGGGGAUGAUAGCGACUGGACCCAGUUCGAGUUCAAGCGCCGUAUUGGCUGGAAGCCAACCGAGGAGACUGAUAAUGUUAACGAAGACCGGGCUGCAUCCGAUCUAUCUCCCCCUCAUCCUACGAAGGCUGCCAUGAACGAGGAUGUUAGUGCGCAAGUGGAGGAGGCCGUAGCUCGUGAGAUUCAGAUUCAGGAGGAACAGGCACAGGCCGAGGAGGCUGCACUGGGGGCAGAAGCAAGUGUUGAACCGACUGUGGAGGAUGCCGCCGUUUCGGAAGUGUCUGAAGCCAGCCACAUUGCUUCGGAUCGUGUUGUGCAACUGGCCAACUCCAACAAAUUUGCAGAAAUCCCCGCUGCAUUCGAAACUUUGCUACGAGACGGAUAUACCCCGACUGUCGUGGCAUAUAAUGCCCUGCUGGUCGCUGCCAUCCGUCUUCACCCUGAUGCUGCUCAGGCCAUUCCCAAGGCCCUCGAUGUCUACUCUGACAUGCUUCGUCGUAGGGUAAUUCCCGAUGAAGAUACCUAUGAGACUCUCGUUCAGCUUCUGGUCACCCGGUCUCACGAUAUCAUCAAGGCCAAGGAGGCAUUGGAGCAGGAACGCGUUCGAUUCGGUGGUAUGGAAGAGCCUGGCAAGUUCAUGCUUCAGUCGAGUGAAUUGGAGCGGGAUCUUCUCGCUGAGGAUACUUCCCUGUCUAUCGCUGUCAAGCUCUUUGAUACCGCCACUGCGCGACACAACCGACUUGUGUUCCCGGGCGAUAUGUACCGCCAUCUUAUCAUUGCCUGUGCCAAGGAAGGCAAGGUGGAGGAUAUGAUCCGGAUUUACGCCCACAUGGAAUCCCAGAAAAUGAUUCCGCAUGCCACUAUAUUCCCGUCCAUGAUUACCGCAUUUGCUUCCACUGGUGAUCUGCGGAGUGCCGUUGAAUGUUAUAACGAGUACCGAGGGCUUGCAGUCUCCGAUGACAGCGGCGUCUUCAGUAUCGUUCAGCGCCAGGAUGGCCAGGUCUAUGCUGCUGUGAUCCGUGCUUACCUGCACUGCGGUAAAGAGGAGGGUGCCACGCAAUUCCUUGAUCGGAUUCGUUCUUCGUUCGACGAGGUAACCGAAGGUCGUCAAGACCGAUGGUCUGCAGUGGAAGCCGUGAUUGUCGAGGAUGCACUUGUGCAACACUCGCUCAACAUGGGCGACCACAGCAAGGCAUUGGACCAGGCCAAGAAUGAGUUGCAUGAUGACGCUCGGAAUCAGGCCAUUUCCCGCAUCUGUAUUGCUGCAGCCGAUGCGGGCGAUCUCCCCACCGCUUCUGCGGCCUACGAUAGUCUGCCCACUGCACCUGACGUACGACAGAACCCAGCUAUUUCCCUGUUGGCCCUUCAAGUCCGCCGGGGCAAUGUUUCCGCUGCCCGUUCCUUGUGGAUCAUGCUGAACACGGUGGGUCAGGCAACCCCGGAUCUGGUCCAGCCGACAGCUAUGUAUGCCGUCGCUCUGCUCAAGAGUGGAAAUGUUGAGGAAGGUCUUGACCAGGCCCGCCACAUGUUUAAGCGUAUCCGCAACACCGCCCAAGAUCAACACGCUGCCGUCGCCAGAGAACAGAUUACCGAGUCACUUCAUCUCUUCGGUCGCGUCCUCAUGCAGUCGGCUGUGAUUCUCUCCCCUCAGUCGUCUAUGACCCUGUUGUGGUCCAUGCUAGAGAACGGUGGUCUAGUGUCUCCCCUCGCUGAGCACGCUGUCGCCAACCUUGGUCCCAUCGGUAUCUCCCAGCUCAAGGCUGCCGACCUCACCUUGGCGCUCCAAGUCCAGGCUGGCAUGCUGGUCAGCAGUGGUUCCAUGCUGUUCGAUGUCGCUCAUCCCGUCCGCUUUGCCCACAUGCUCGAUGUCGCUCUGUCUUCUGCCCUCCCUCUCGAUCUCUACACCACUGGCCUCGUCGACCAGGCUGUUGGCAAGCUCUUUGUCAGUCGCCCUGAUGUCGUCAAGAAGUGGCAAGAUUAUCUGGAGGCUGGCUCCCAGACCUCCGUUUCACCUUCGCAGAUGUUCCUUUCGUCUGAUCGUCAAAGCCCCGUCUCCAUGGCGGAGACCUCGAUCACAACUCCGUCUGCUGCUCCCGAAUCGUUUGAUCCCUAUGCUCACGCGACCGACUUCCGCGGAUCCGCCAUCAUCGCAGAGGAGCUUGAGAAGACUAGCGGGCGCACCGAGACUCACCUCAAUGAGGCUCUGACUCGUCUGAACAACAUGCGCCGCACUGGUCGUCACCCGCGCUACAUCACCUAUGCUAAGCUGAUUACCGCUGCGGCCAAGGCUGGUCGCAUGACCCUGGCUCACGACAUUCAUAGCAUGGCACGGGCUGAUGUUCCCCUGGAUAUGAACUUUAGCGUUGUCAAAUACGGAUGGGUCUCCAUUCUUGAUGCCAUGGUUGCUGCUUGUCUCACCAUUGGCGACCGCCAGCUUGCUGCUCAGUACCACCAGGAGCUUCUCACUCUCGGUUCCGCACCCUCGGCUAACACUUUCGGCUUGUACAUCACCACCCUCAAGGAGUCUACCAAGACCUUCGACGAGGCUACUGAGGCCCUCAAGGUCUUCCACCGUGCUGUCGCUGAAGGCGUGGAGCCUACCUCCUUCCUGUACAACGCGCUGAUCGGCAAGUUGGGCAAAGCCCGCCGCAUUGACGACUGCCUUGCGUACUUUGCCGAGAUGCGUGCCAACAACGUGCGCCCGACCAGUGUUACCUACGGAACAAUCGUGAAUGCCCUCUGCCGUGUGAGUGACGAGCGCUUCGCCGAGGAGAUGUUCGAAGAGAUGGAGUCCAUGCCCAACUACAAGCCGCGUCCCGCACCUUACAACUCCAUGAUCCAGUACUUCCUCAACACCAAGCGCGACAUCAGCAAGGUCCUAGACUACUACGAGCGCAUGCAGGCCCGCAACAUCCAGCCCACCCUACACACCUACAAGCUUCUCAUUGACGCACACGCCUCCCUAGAGCCAGUAAACAUGGCUGCCGCCGAAGCCGUGCUGGAAUCCAUGAAGGCCGCAGGCCACCAGCCGGAUGCCGUGCACUACGCCUCGCUAGUGCACGCCAAGGGCUGCGUCCUGCACGAUCUCGCCGGCGCGCGCAAAGUCUUCGACGCCGUCGUCUCCGACCGCCGUGUUCGUCUCCAGCCAUGCCUCUACCAAGCUCUCUUCGAGUCAAUGGUCGCCAACCACCGCGUCACCGACACCGAAGAAGUUGUCCAGAACAUGUUCGCACGCAAGGUCGAGAUGACCGCCUAUAUUGCCAACACACUGAUCCACGGCUGGGCCGCCGAGGGUAACGUGUCCAAGGCCAAGGCCAUCUACGACAGCAUCGGCAUUCAGAAGCGAGAGCCCAGCACCUACGAAGCGAUGACCCGUGCGUUCCUGAGCGCCGAGGAUCGCACCAGUGCCGCCACCAUCGUCCAGGAGAUGAUGUCGCGCGGAUACCCUUCUGCGGUGGCCGGCAAGAUCGUUGAUCUCAUCGGUGGAGCUUCCGCCUCUCUCUAA